GUUUCAGUUUUCACUGCAGUGACUUCAAUUUCCACACGCCAUAGGCAUCGAGUCAAAUAGAAAGUCAAGUUUUCAAUGGGUUUGGAUUCGCAUUCCAACCCAACCAAACCAAUGUUUCUAUUUCCAUUCCUCCCAGCCUCCAAUAAUUCAAUCUCUGCACUGCACCAAUGGAGCUUUUGAAGCCUCUGCACCCUCACCAUGCACCCAUUUUGCACCUUCCCUUUCACGCCCUCCCCUCUUCUUCUCAACAGCUUCCCCUCCCCAUGCUUCCUAAGGUUCAUGUUGCUGCUGGCAAAUCGCUCCACAAAACCCUCCCUUUACUUCGCUGGACUUUAAACCACUUUCCGAACGCCGAAAUCGUCAUUCUUCAUGCUUUUCAACCUUCUCUCACCAUCCCCACUUUAUUGGGGAAAUUGCCAGCAUCACAGGCUAGUCCUGAAGUGGUGUCCGCUUUUCGAAAAGUGGAAAGAGAACAGAUUAUGAAGCUUUUGGACAAGUACUUGACCAUUUGCCAAGCAGCUAGGGUUAAGGCAUGCAUUAUUGUAACCGAAGCUGACCAAGUCCAAAAAGGAAUUGUUGAUUUGGUUGUUAAGCAUAAUAUUCAGAAGCUUGUCAUUGGAGCGGUACCAGAAAAUUGCAUAAAAGUGAAAAGGAAUUCUGGUAAAGCAAAUUACACUGCCAAAAAUGCUCCUCCGUUCUGUGAAGUAUGGUUUAUCUAUAAAGGUAAACACAUUUGGACAAGAGAGGCUUCUGAAGCACCAUGUUCUUCACCUUCAUUUACUCAACCUGAGAUUACCACCACAGAAAGCUUGAGAUGUAGAUCUUUUCAAUAUGGUAAGAAUGAAUUAUUCAACUCAGAGUAUCUUCAACCAAGUUCGGUAAGAACUACUAUUGGUUCUGGUUUUAGAAGUUUGGUUCAGGGGGAAAUCAUUGAAACCGAAGCCACUUUUUCAUCCAAACCAUCCAGUUGUAGCAGUCAUUGUCAUUGCUCCCCCCAAAAUUCCUCUGGUGAUUAUUUACAUACAUAUUUAGAGGACAUGGAAGAAAUGAUUGACAAACAACUUAGGGAAACCAAAAAAGAAGCUGAGGCAGUAACAGAUGAAGCCUUUGCAGGGCUAUUAAAGUGCAAGAGGUUGGAAGUUGAAGCCAUGGAAGCCAUAAGGAAGGUCAAUUUGUUUGAAUCUGCCCAUGCAUGUGAAGUGAAGCUCAGAAAAGAAGCUGAGGAUGUGCUUAGAGCUACAGUGCAAGAACAUCAAAAGCUCUUGCAUGCGAGUGAAGAAAUUGCUGCUGAGCUACAAAUGACCAUGAGAAAUAUUGCCUUGCUAGAUAGUCGUGCUCAGGAAGCAAACCGUAGGCGCGAUGAAGCUUCAGAUGAACUAUCACUAAUUCAAGAAUCCAUCUCAGCCCUAUGGCAAGAAAGGCAGCAGAUCAGGAGACAGAAAAUGGAAGCCCUCCGCUGGCUUGAGCGGUGGAAAAGUCGUGGACAAGUUGGAGCAGCUCAUUGCAAUGGGGUCAUUGGGUUUGCUGAAGAAUUACCUGAGUUAGCAGAAUUUUCAUUAUCAGAUCUUCAAAAUGCCACGUGUAAUUUUUCCAAUAGCUUUAAAAUUGGUCAAGGUGGAUAUGGUUGUAUAUAUAAGGGGGAAAUGUUGGGUAGGACUGUUGCUAUAAAAAAGUUCCAUCAACAUAACAUGCAAGGACCACUGGAGUUUCAUCAAGAGGUUCAAGUUCUCGGUAGUCUCCAGCACCCUCAUUUGAUCACUUUGCUUGGUUUUUGCCCUGAAGCCUGGUCAAUUGUAUAUGAGUACCUCCCCAAUGGAACACUUCAAGACUACCUAUUCCGAAAAAGCAACAAUUCCCCGUUGACAUGGAAUACCCGAGCACGAAUGGUUGCUGAAAUUGCUAGUGCACUCUGUUUCCUACAUUCUUGUAAACCUGAAGCUAUUGUCCAUGGUGAUCUGAAGCCAGAGACUGUGCUACUUGAUUCUUCACUUGGUUGCAAGAUGUGUGGAUUUGGGUUCUGCAGGCUGGUGAGUGAGGAAUCUCUCCUCCGUCCUAGUUUCCGCUUGAGCACUGAACCAAAGGGUGCUUUCACAUAUAUGGAUCCAGAGUUUCAGAGAACUGGAAUACUAACAACCAAGUCUGACAUCUACUCCUUCGGUCUCAUCAUUUUACAAUUGCUCACUGGUAGGAAUCCAAUUGGAUUAGCAAUUUUAGUACGUAAUGCAGCUUCAUGUGGAAAAUUGUCUUCAAUUCUGGAUUCUUCAGCUGGAGAAUGGCCCUCAGCUGUGGCAAUGCGAUUGGUUGAACUGGGAUUGCAAUGCUGUCAACAAAAUCGGAGAGACAGACCCGAGUUAACCCCUACACUAGUGAAAGAAUUGGAGCAGUUGCAUGCUUCAGAAGAGCGACCAGUUCCAUCUUUUUUCUUAUGUCCAAUCCUUCAGGAAAUAAUGCACGAUCCCCAAGUUGCGGCAGACGGAUUUACCUAUGAAGGGGAUGCCAUACGUGAAUGGUUGGAAAAUGGACAUGUUACUUCUCCAAUGACUAAUUUGAAAUUGAGUCACCUGUUUCUUACUCCCAAUCACGCACUUCGACUUGCCAUCCAAGAUUGGCUUUGCAAAUCUUAAAAGCUUCUUUUAUUCAUUUGGGCUAAAGUGCUCUUUUUUGUCCUCAUUAUUUUGGGGCCAAUUUCGUUUAAGUCCCAUGAUUUUUUCUAUCCUUUUCUUUUGUGCGUGAGCGUAUGGUUGUAAAUUUAUUUUGUAUCCCACGAAACAUUGUUUGAUCCCAGCCUACGCCAUUCAAGUAGACAGAGAAAUACGAAGAUUGUAACUUGGCAAAAAAUUCCAGCCAAGAAAGUAAUGGACAGUCAUGAUUAUGGUUCUAAAUGUGAUGGGAUUAAACUGACUCUGGUCUCAUAUUUGAGGGGGCAAAAGGAACAAUUAGCCUUUUAUUUAUGUAAACAAAUAUUUGUAUAUUCUAUUUUUUGCACUGCAUUUUUUUAA